UUUUUUUCAUUUUUUUCAAAAUUUUAAUUUAAAUCUAGCAAGAAUGAUUAUUUUCCAUGAAUUACUAAAUUCCAAUUUAAACUCAUGAUCUGAGUAUGACCAGGAAAGAUGAUCUGGUGGCGGAAAGAAGAAAUAUUUUUGAAUUAGCCGGUGACUUAAAACUGCAGUAGUUCCAGCCGAAGUUCGAACGAAUAAAACGGAUGAACAUAGAAAGAGAUACUCCCAGUAAAAAAGUCAAACCAUCAAUUCAGUACUUUUUCCUGUGUUAAAGCCCGCAGAAACAGGUCCACACUUUGCGAAAAUUAUUCCGAUCACCGAUGGUUUAAAUUUGCCAACAGGAAGCUCUACCGACACUAAUCCAUGUGACCGAUGUUUAAAUGAAGCUACGAAACAGUGCCUAGGGGAGGAUAUCAUUGCAAAAAACUCCAAAAUAAAUGCUGUCAUCCAUGAAGCAAAAUCAACUGAGGGUCAAACUCCGAGGAAUCCUUUAUCUAACUCGAAAAUUUUGCUGGGCUACGAAGAGCCAGCCAUACCGAGACAAAAACUCCGGACAAAUAUCGAAGCAUAUAGAAUGCAACUUAAAAAGCGGGAAGAUGAAAUGGGUAUUCUUCAAGAAAAUAUGCGAGACCAAAAUUGCGAGAUUGAAACCCUUAGGAAGCUGCUUUGUACCUAUCAGCAACAGAUGAUCGAGAUCAAGAAAAGUCUUAAGGACUCGGAGAAAGAAAUGGUGCUUCUGAAACAGACAAUUGGCGAGGAGCGUAAAGAGUCCGCUAAACUUGGAAAGAUCAACGAGUCUGAACUACAGAUUAUUCAUGAUCUAACCCAAAACCUUAAAAGUGAAUCGGAAAAAAAUGAUGCCUUGAAAAACAGCAAUGAAAAUCUCAUGAAAUUACUGUCCACGGUACAGGAUGCAAAUAGAAAUUUAACGAAAGAAAUAGAGAUUCAACAAGCGAAAAUCGAAGAAUUAGUGGCCAAAAGAAUCUGGGACGAAGCAGGAUCUCGGGAAGAAGAGCAGCAUUUGUCAGAGGAACUACAAAGAGCUAGACAAGGAAUCUUGGAGCAGGAGAACGAACGAAUGAAAACUCAAGUCGAGAACGAAAGUUUGAUGCUCAAGUUGGCAGAACUUGAAACUGAACUUGCAAAAAAGGCAGAGCUUGUGGUCGAGUUGCAACUGAAAUUGGAGAAGCUGAAAGUAGAGAAUGAGAAUAUCACCGAAGGCGCGAAAAUGAUGAUUGAGAGUCAAAGACAACUUAAUGCCCACCUAACUGAGGCGAAUGAAAGCUUGAACAAAGAGAAAUUGCACGUCCAGAAAACCAUGCAAAAGCUUAAAAGUACACAUCGUCGAGACCUUAGUAAAAUAAUAGGUUCGCUCACAAAGCUGCUUUCGAUCAAAUUCAAAGAAAGUGAGGACCUGCAGCAGAGAUUAGAGCGCAAAGAUGCGCUCCUAGCUAAACUGGCGGCUGCAAGAUCUCCUGCCUGCUGCCAAUGUGAGCGUAAAAUCGUGAGGGAAGGAUUGCAAAGAGUGCAAAUGCCCCAGGAUUACUUACAACAUCCAAACGACUGGUGGGAGAGAAAACAAAAUUUAGUGGGUCUUCUAGCCUCAAUGUCCCCUGGGAGUUCCAAGAGCAGUGCAUCUAGCAGUCUUCAACUUGUCAAAAGCUGUUCGAACAGAGGCGAUAUUAACUCCAUAGAUGGUUUUCUGCAGCUCCGCACUUCCACUUUCCGGAGUUUGCACGAGAAGAUAGGUAGUCUCUCCAUCAGGAGUGAGCCUUAUAUGCAUGCCUCGCUAAAGCAGCCUGGAAAACGUGCCGACUUUUCAGAUCUCAUAAGGUUAGGGAUCAGCCACCUGAUCGGUCAAGCAGAGCGUUCAAAAAGAACAAAUCAUCAAAUAUUUCCAUCCGAAAACAAAAAGGAUCAAAGUUCGAUUCGCUCACCAAGAAUGAAGGUAGACGAAGUUAUUCAAACGAGUACCGUAAUGGUUACAGCCGGCACGGUGCGGUUACAGCCGAGGGUUUCAGGGCUGUCCAGCGAUAAGCAAUUUGAGGAGGGGCCUAGAAUGCUAUGGACGCACUCCAAAAGUGAUUCAACGCUCUUUCGACUCUUUUCAAGAAUAUGUUCCAAUAUUUACGAGGUAAUAUCUAGACUGGUAGUAGACAGUACUUCUUGAGACUGCAAAAGCUGCACCAUCGAACUACGCUUGGUAAGGAAACACCACCAUCGAAAAGGCGCAAGGAGGUGUCGGAGAUAGCCACGAAAUCAACACUACUCCUCAUCCCCUUAUACAGGACCUAAGUGACUCAGGAGUUUCUAAAACUCGUAAAUAUGAGUGU